CGAUCGUAGAAAUAAGCUAUAAUCACCCCUCCACGCACGGUGGCACUGUCACUUGGUCACUCUCUACGGCCUGGUGUGAUUGAAACAGUAGCACAGGUGGAGGUUCAUUUGCCUGCAAUGCAGCACGAGAAGCCAAAAGCAGGUAAAGCCUGAGCAGUGUCUGUCCCCGGCUGCAUAGGUUGAGACAUUUGCCAAGAUGGGAGUAAAGGAAAAGUUAAGUCUGAUGCAGAUCCCCUCCAUUCUUGUGCUCGGCUUUGUUUAUGUGGCAUAUGUGCUGAUCGGUGGGGUGGUUUUCUGGAAGUUGGAGGGAGACCUCGGAAUGAAGGACGUCAGCUACUUGCGUGAAAAAAAAGAAAGGCUCCUUAGCACAUACCCAUGUCUCAACCAAGCUGGCCUGGAGGCCGUAGCUCAGGUUGUUAAAGACACAUCAAAGGUGGGCCUGAGUUUGAAAAGCAACUACACGGCAGACGGCUUCUGGAAAUUCACCAGCUCAGCUGUGUUUGCUGCCACUGUGGUCACAACUAUAGGUUAUGGGAACAUAUGUCCCAGCACUACAGGUGGCCAGAUCUUCUGCGUGUUCUUUGCGCUCUUCGGUAUACCACUCAACAUUGUGGUUCUCAACAGAGUGGGCAAGUACAUCCUAGCCAUAGAGAGGAACAUCUCAGACUUCUUCGAGAAAAAGACUAGUCGAAAAACAUGUACCCGCUUUUUCAUCCACUUUGUAUGUUACAUCUGCGGAGCGGUUCUUUUCUUCAUCAUGCCCAUGAUUGUGUUCAAGCAGCAAGAGGACUGGACACAUGCAGAGGCCAUCUACUACUGCUUCAUCAGCCUCAGCACCAUCGGCUUUGGAGAUUUUGUGGCAGAUAGCAAUCCAGACAAAUAUUACCCAAAUUGGUACAGCUUCAUCAUAGCCUCGUGGAUCUUCUUUGGCAUGGCCUGGCUGGCGCUGGUUAUCAACCACUCAAUCGAAAUCCUGGAGCGGCUCAACAACUACUUUAAAAAGCAGUUCAAAAAGAAUGAUAAUCAACAGGGGGAUGAGGCAGGCGGUACAGCUGAUAAAAACCCAGAGACACAGAUGGAGGAGGAAGACGAGAUCACCCAGCCUCCAGUUACUGAGUCCACCUAGUUAUAGAGUUACCUACAUCUGUUUGUGGUGAUUUGAUACGUGCCUGAGUUAUUGUUUGUCAGUUUUAGACAUUUUCUCCGUAACUGCCACUAAACUAUUGGCUCAUUUUUGUUGAGUCAGGUUUAUGUGACAGCAGCAUUCACGCACUGUUUAAGUGCCUCUUGUUAAUCUAAAACCCUUUAGAUUAAGGUUUAGAGAAGGACUCAGCACUUCUGUCCGUCUGUGGUCUAGUAGACAGGACAGUCAGCCUGUUUCCUAUACUUAAUUAGCUGACCACAAGUCAUUUACCGACUCCGUGGCACCAGCUUGGCUGUAGUCAAAGCCACAGUCUUUUAAAAUGAUCUACUUUGCAUGGUAUAGGGACUCCGUGGCCCACAGAGGCCUGGGGAUUAUUAUUAUUCAGCAUAUUUUAAGAGGUGGUGGAAUUUCCUAGGUUAUAAAAUACAGUGAAGUAAAUUAACUGGCCUUACAGAAGAGCAAGAGAAGGAAAAUUUAUUUCAUUUGUCAAGGUGUAAAAAGUUUUUGUCUUAAGUAUUGUUUUAACACUUCCAAACCAAAUUAAAAAUAUUUAUUAAAACGGACCUGCUCUGCUUUUCCUUAUUGUCUGCCAGACUGCUCUAACUGCUGAGGUUCACAGUUAUUCUACUCUUAGAACAGAAGUCCCUCCAACAACCGCCUCAUAAUGCAUUCAGACAAGUG